AUGGGUCAGCAUCACCACGUAUCCUCCCUCUUACUACUUGCAUUUCUUAAUUUAUUCUUCAUUCAUAACAACAUAACUGGUGUGGCUGCACGCCACCUCUUAGAGACGCCCGUCCCUGAGAUACCUAAAUCAGAACUACCGAAAGUUCCAGCCUUGCCAAAGCUUGAAAUCCCAACUCUGCCGAAGCCUGAGCUUCCAACCAUACCAAAGCCUGAGAUCCCCGCUGUUCCAAAGCCCGAGCUACCAACUGUCCCGAAGCCUGAGUUACCAACUUUGCCAAAGCCUAAGAUGCCAGCUAUGCCAAAGCCUGAAUUACCGACUUUGCAGAAGCCUGAGAUUCCAGUUGUGCCGAAACCCGAGCUUCCUUCUAUGCCAAAGCCUGAGAUUCCAACAAUGCCAAAACUCGAGUUUCCUUCCUUGAAAAAGCCAGAAGUUCCAGCAAUGCCAAAGACUGAUCAUCCAACUAUGAAAAAAGCAGAGAUUCCAACUAUACAAAAGUCUGAAUUACCAACUUUGCCAAAGCCUGAGAUCCCAGCUAUACCAAAACCCGAGAUUCCUACUGUGCCGAAGCCUGAGAUUCCAACAAUACCAAAACUCGAGUUUCCUCCCUUGAAAAAGCCAGAAAUCCCAGCAGCGCCAAAGACUGAGCUUCCUCCAGCUAUGCCAAAGCCUGAAAUCCCAGAACUACCAAAGCCAAAAGUCCCCGAGCUUCCAAAGCUAAAAGUCCCAACUAUGCCAAAACCUGAAAUUCCAGAACUACCAAAGCCAAAAGUCCCUGAACUUCCAAAGCUAGAAGUACCAACUAUGCCAAAGCCUGAAAUUCCAGAACUACCAAAGCCAAAAGUUCCCGAGCUUCCAAAGCUAAAAGUCCCAACUAUGCCAAAGCCUGAAAUCCCAGAACUACCUAAACCAACUCUUCCUUCACUUUCUCCACCGUACAAACCUGCUACUCCAUGA